CUCGAGGUUGCUGAUGUGAUGUUCUCGUGGCCAGUGCUGGUUGAGGGCUAGCGCACCGUUAAAGGCGUUUCCAUCAUCAACCCCAAUUGACCCCUUCCUCCACUGAUUCGGGCACUGCAGUGGCCCCGGCCCGGCCUUGAGUACCUUAGGUAGGUAUUCGAGGUUCCGUCAACCACGGGGCGGCCCACUAAAGCGGAAAGUUCCCAUUGACGAGUGCGCGACCGAUUGCUUGUUCUAUUUUCAAAGUUUCCUCUUUUCACGUCCACAUUCGGCGAGAACAAGUGAGAAAACGCAAGCCCCACCUGCCGGGCUCCGUCUCCUUCCUUUGCAAUUUACCUGCCAGGUGAGCUACCUUACCUUGCCCUGCAUUGCUUCAUUACCUUACUAGGUACACCGUAUCUUGAGUUCACGCGCUAGGCACGGAGCACUCUCACCGAUUUCUUUCUGUUGCCAACUGCCACUUUCAUUGCAUAGCAUUGCCUUGAACUUUGUCAAUUCUCUCUGCUUACCUUAUCUCACCUAGGUACUCAGUGCACCCAUAACGAAAGUCCGACUUGAGGUUAUGACCUGGGACCCGAGCUGCUACAACUAAUAAGAGACCUUGCACAAAACACACGCCAAUAAACACGAAGCUGAUCUCGAGUUGUCAACUGCAUCUCCACGCGUCUUGCCUCCCUCUCCCGCCCUCCGCCCGCAGUUGCACUCUGACAGACAAGACUAUCCGUAAGAAAUUUCCGCGCAAAAGAGUUGGUUGGCCAUCUCUGGACUUCAGGCCGGGGUUGCCUUCAACGCGUCCUCCGAUCCCGACCUUUGUUGACCUUCAAUUUUGUCAUGGCCCCCACCUCAACACCAACUCCAUAUGACUUUCCGAGACUGAGAGUCUCGGUUCAUCUCGAGGAUGACACCAGGUUUCUCGCUCAAGAUGAUCCGGUGCCUGAAUUCUUUGAUGUCAAAUUCUGCCCCUAUCAACCAUUGGACGCGAGACCCGUCUUCGCCGCCGUCAGUAAGAAGCAUAUAAUCGUUUGCCGCCUUACGGCAGCUGCCGACGACUCGAAUCCAUGCGAAAUUAUCAGCAUAAUACGGGAUGAUGAUACUGAGGCAAGAAAUUACUCCUGCACUUGGACAAGAGACGCGGAGACCGGCAGGCCGCUAUUAUGCUACGGCGGCGAAGACGCCAAAAUCAAGGUUUACGACAUAAUCGAACAGAAGCUCGUCAACUGUCUCGUAGGCCAUGGCGGAGACGUUUGUGACGUGGUCACAUCUCCGAUAGACCCUCUGGUUAUCGCCUCGUGUUCCGACGAUACGACAGUCCGGAUAUGGAGUCUAGAUCCCAAACAUGAGAAGCAGCCCUGCUUGUGCAUUCUUGGAGGCGAAGGUCAUUACUGGAACCUGCUAACAUUGGCAUGGCACGACACGGGCCGAUAUAUUCUUUCCGCCGGCCAUGACCAGAUUAUCAAUCUCUGGACAGUACCAGACCUUCCCACUGAGCACACCGACCGCCCAGUGGAGGUUCAUUAUCCUCACUUCUCAACAUCAGAGGUUCACAGCAGUCUCGUGGAUUGCGUAUCCUUCUAUGGCGACUACAUUCUUUCUAGAGCCUGCCACGAUGACGUGAUUGUCUUGUGGAAGAUUGAAGGCUUCUCGUCCCAGGACCCGCCCCCUCCGCAGUCCAUGGCCCCGACAACCAUCAACCCGGCCAAUCUCACCCGCUCUGCCUUUAGCCCGGGCGUUUCGGCAGAAUGUCCAGCUCCCUACACGCGGCUCAUCGAGUUCCAAACGCUCGGUUGCGGCCCGCAAUUCUUCAUGCGGUUCAAGCUGCACUUCGUCCCCGAUCAGCACCCUAUUCUAGCCUUCUGCAACGCCAACGGCAAAAUCUACUUUUGGGACUUUGAGCAGAUUACAGGCUUCCACGACUAUGUCAACGCCGUCAAGAGACCCAAGAGAGACGGCGACGAGGCCGUUCCGAAGCCCAGUUGGCUGCCCGCCAUCACCCAUCGGGCCAAUACAAACGGCAAGGCCGCGCCGACGGUCCGAGAGAAGAAGGCGGCCGACAAGGCUCGCCGGACGGAGCUCGAGCAGAUCCCCGAGCUGAGGGCCCAGUACAACCAGGAAACGCUGCAGACGUGGGAUGGCAAGUUCACCGUCGGCAACCCUCAGGUGCCCCUGAAGCCCCACAAGAUUGAGAACUGCGGCGCUUCGACUUUCGUUGGUAGACAGGUUGCUUGGAGCCCCGGAGGUGAGUGGUGUGUCGUGGUGGGUAGCUCCAACUUUGCUCUGGUUUUCCAGAGAUGGGUACCCAAGAAGGAUGCGUGAGUGACUUAAUAGGAUGGAGGGGUGUUGGAGGGUAAUACCAGAUAGAGAGGACGGUCCCUUGGCCCAUCUCAAUCUUUUUGAUGCUCUCGACUAGGUAGCUUAGUUUUCCGCGUCAGAAUAAUAUCGGCCAGCGCUUCUAGCUAGCUGUACGAUACUCUCUGAAGGGGAGUGACGAGAAGACAGGCAACACAGGUCCCUCGUCCUCCUCAACGGGCGCCAUCAGCUUCUGAAUCAAAGCAUCAAAUUUCCCGCCGUGCUCCGCCAUCUUCUGAAAGCUGCUCCGCGCGUUAUUCCUCUCCGCCUCCCGCCGCGCCCUGGCUUCCGCCAUCUGGCCGCCCUCCUCGUCGUGCGUGUAUGACGGGAUGAGCAAGUCGCCAAUGUACAGCGACACCAUCCCGCGCACCCGCCACAGCUCGGCGCUGUGCGAAAAGGGCCGAUCCUCUAGCAGGUCGUUCAUGCGGCCCGCCACCUCGCGCAGCAUGUCGAGCGUCUUGAGCCGGAUCUGGUCCCUCGCCUGCCGCAGCCGCGUGUCCCGCCCGUUGACAUGCUCAGACGACCGGAAGCCGGAUCCCUCCAUCACGCUGUCGUCCCCGGCACCGCCGUCGAGGAGCGAAGGAGGCUCCUGCCACGACUCGUCCUCCCAAUCCUCCGCCUCGCGAUUCACCCGCCUCAACGAGGCCGCGUGCUGCGCAUGCACCUGAAAAACCUCAUAACUCAACAGCGCAGGCCAAAAGUCGACGGCGCACACGGCGUGACGGUGCUUGUAGUUGUAAGGAAACCGCUGGAUCAGGUCCCGAAAGUACUCGCGCACGCGCGGAGCGUUGGCG